AUAUAUCCACAAUUAUACCUAUGGCUGAAAAAUAACAUAAAGUCUUUUAUAGAAAUCAUAUAUUGAUUGUACCAACCAGAAAUCUAGAUUUGCAACACAGGCAUUUUAUGUUGGAUAUCAUGAACAUUCUUCCACAUUCAAAAAAAGUACCCAUUAAUAAUAAUUAAGACAAAUAAAAUCAAGUACGAAUAGUUAAGAUAAGUUAUUCCUUCCCUUUGUGAAAAUCAUAAAUGUAAUUCAUUUAUAGUUUUCCAUACAAUAUCAAACCAACUUAUCUUAGUUUUCGGUUCAUACCCAUCAGGACCUACAGUAAAAUUCUCUGUUCUUAAUAGUAUUUAUUAAAAACUAACUUAUAGUUACUACUAUCAAAGAUCUAUAAUUGGCCGGCAAUUUUUCAAAAAAGGGUAGAGUUCUACUUUAAUUUGACUAAAGAUUUAAUAAUAUCACUAAGUACAAAUUACUCAAAGAAAUAAUUACUCUCUUGUUCAAUGUUUCUUAGGCUAGAUUUACUGAUAAUUUUAUUGAUAGAAUUUUCACUUUUACAACUGAAGGUGAAGCACAAAAUAGAAUUUGGUUUAGAUAAUUUGAAAUUUUUGAAUAAAAAAAUUUGAGAGAAAUCGGUCCAAGAUUUGGAUUAGAAUUGAUUUCUAUUGAAGAAGGUUUAGCUUAAGGAAAUAUGUUGUAUUAAGGAUAGUAAAUUGAUGCAUCGCAAACUAAACUUAAAUAAAAAAUAAGAAAAAGUGAAAAAAAAUUUGAAAAAAUUUUAAAUGAAAUCAAUUUAAAGGAAGAAGAAAUUGAAAUUGAAGAAAGUGAUUGA